ACGUAGCCAUAGACAGAGAGAGAUUUUGGCAUUUGAUUUAUAAUAAUUCCUUUAACAGUUUCAGCUUCUCCAUCAUUUCUUCUUCUUCUUCUUCUUCUUCUUCUUGUGCUUUAUUGUGGUUUCUUUCAACUAUUCAAUCGGUUUCUUUCCGUUCAUUACUUCCUUUCGGAGAGAAAAGGAAACAAAGCAAAGGUAGGCGUAGCAGGUGCAUACCAAAUGAAGACUUCUCUCAGGAAAUUGCGAGGUUUCGCACUUCGUCAUGCUGACCACAAGGACCGAAGAGAUCUUCGCCCUUUGGCUCCCAUCGAUGAGCUUGCUCAGGCUUCUCAGGACAUGGAGGACAUAAGAGAUUGCUAUGAUAGCUUACUUUCUGCAGCUGCAGCAACUGCUAAUAGCGCCUUCGAAUUCUCUGAAUCAUUGCGUGAAUUGGGUGCUUGUCUUCUCGAGAAAACUGCAUUAAAUGAUGAUGAAGAAAGUGGUAAAGUAUUACUGAUGCUGGGGAAAAUGCAGUUUGAACUCCAGAAGCUUGUUGAUAGCUAUCGCUCUCACAUAUCCCAGACAAUUACAGUCCCAUCAGAGUCUCUUCUCAAUGAACUUCGAACUGUUGAGGAGAUGAAGCGGCAAUGUGAUGAGAAAAGAAAUGUCUAUGAAUACAUGAUAACGAGGCAAAGAGAAAAAAGAAGGGGAAGAAAUGGAAAGGGAGAGUCUUUUUCUAUGCAGCAGUUACAAGCAGCUUAUGAUGAAUAUGAUGAAGAAGCAACCUUAUUUGUUUUCCGUCUGAAAUCCCUAAAGCAAGGACAAUCUCGGAGUCUUCUUACACAGGCAGCGCGACACCAUGCUGCUCAGUUGUGCUUCUUCAAGAAGGCUCUUAAAUCUCUUGAAGCACUUGAGCCACAUGUGAAAUUGGUCACUGAAAAGCAACAUAUUGAUUAUCACUUCAGUGGACUUGAAGAUGAUGAUGCAGACAAUGUUGAUGAUGAUGGCAGUGAUGAUGAUGACGAUGAUACCUAUGAUGCACCUGAUGAUGGGGAAUUGAGUUUUGACUACGGACAUAAUGACGAGGAGCAAGAUGUCGUUUCUACAUCAAGAAAUUCAAUGGAGUUGGAUAUGGUGGAUGUUACAUUUCCCCAAGUUGCAACAUUAGAAGUCAGAAAGGAAAAUAUUGAUAGCAGCUAUUGGAAACCUUGUUCUUUUAGAGGAGAUUUUAGGAAAGGAAUCCAAUCAGCCCCACUUUUUGCUGAAAAGAAAUCUGAUCCAGCUGAAAGGGUGAAACAGAUGCGACCAUCAUCUUCAAGAAGGCUCAACACAUAUGUAUUGCCCACCCCACUUGAGACUAAGAGUUCAAAUUCUUCAGGAACAGGCAGUCUAGUUCAUCAAACAUUAAGUGCAAGUUUGAAUGGGCACAAUAUGUGGCAUUCAUCCCCUCUAGAGCCUAAGAAGUAUGAAAACUUAACAGAUGAUAAAUAUAGUGGAUCUACUGUAAAAAAAUCAUGGUCAGUGCUCAAGGAAAGCAACAAAAGUACUGUUUCCACUCAGAUACCUCCUGCUCUGGCCGAUAGGCUCUUUGUUCCACGUUCGGAUUCUAAGAAGAUUAAAAGAUACGCCUUUUCAGGUCCCAUCACAAGGCAGGCAUGGCCUACCAAACCAGUUUCAAUAGGACCUCCUGGAUUGUUCUCAGGGCCCCUAUUGAAGAAUCCAACUGUGCAACUACCAUCAACAUCAUCUCCGAAGGUAUCUCCAAAAGUAUCUCCGAAGGUGUCCCCAAAGGUAUCUCCGAAGGUGUCCCCAAAAGUGUCACCAACAGCUUCUCCUACUUUUGUGUCCUCCCCUAAAAUAAGUGAGCUUCAUGAGCUUCCUAGGCCUCCAGCCAGUUCAGCUUUCAAGUCUUCAGGGCCAUUGAGUUCUGUUGGUCAUUCAGCUCCUUUGGUGCCCAAAGGUCACAUUCAUCCUACUGGUAAAUCAUUGACGUCAAAUUCAGCAUCUCCACUUCCAGUACCUUCUCAGGCUGUCACCCGCAGUUUCUCCAUACCCUCUGGCAACCUUAGAGCAAUGGCAUUCAAUAUUUCAAAGCCAAUUGAAGCUACUCAGAAUUCAGAGAUGCCUCAAGAUAUGGUCUCACCUCCUUUGACACCAAUAUCUUUCACAAACAUCCGGCCAUCGUUAACUGGUUCCAAGAAUGUCAAUCAGACUAUUCAAAUCAGAGAUUGAUUUUAUUCUUUGCAGCAAUUUUGUUUCUAGUUCAUCAACGGAAAGCCGAGUAUGUAAGAUUCUCUGUUGAUUUCAUGCAGGUGCGGAUCUGUAAAUAUAAUCACGUCUAUCAUUUUGUGUAUCAAUUUUUAGUCCAUUUCUUAUUUUUAAUGAUCGAAUAAUUGCCUUGAUGUUUCAUCAGUGGAAAAAUUUUGUAUUCUCCUAAGUGACUCAUCACCAUUCAUUUCUCUCCCUCCUUCCUCUUCUCUCUAAGAUUAAUCUAGCCUUCAAUCAUUUUUCUGAUCGUGGAUUGACAGAUAUCAAGUUAUCAUUCUUUGAUCUAAGUCAAAGCCUAGGAAUUUAAUUGAGGUGAAGAUACUCUGUUUUGAGGAUUGUGGGAUCUAUCCUCACAAUCCUCUCCCAAUAACAUUAACAAAGAUUCACAAGUAGACCUGUUCUGUAAUAAACAUCACUCCUCCAUAUGAGUUUUGAUCUACCAUAAAGCAUCUAUCUGAUAAGAUCUCAUUCAUGAGAGAGAAAAUGAUGCGGAUCAACCGAGAAGCACGGUGAUAGGUGGUUGUUACUGUGUACACCUUGUAUUUUAUUGCCUAUUUAUCAUCUUCUUUCUUCUCAGCUUACAUAUUAGAGCAAUGUAUGAGCUCAGCUUUUAAUGUUUUGAGCACCUACAUUACUAGGGGAAGGACAGAGUCACUCUGCAUGUUCAGUGGUUGGAAAAUUUUUGCCUCUGCCAGUUCUAAUAGCCAGACAGAUGAAUGAUGUUGUAGCUUUUUGAAUUUGAAUCAAAGAAUUACAGUAUAUACAAUGAAAGCUUUAGAAUAAAAAUAAACAACCUGUGAUGCUA